AUGGCAACUUGCAUCAACGCCCCCUCCCUAGCCAUCUUCUUCCUCCUCCUCCCUCUCCUCCUCUCCUCCCCUUCCUCCGCCGCCCGCCCCCACGCCCUCAUCGCCCCUCUCACCAAAGACCCCAAAACCCUUCAAUACCUCACCCGCCUCAACCAACGCACUCCCUCCCUUCCCCUCAACCUCGUCGUAGACCUCGCCGGCCGUUAUCUCUGGGUCAACUGCGAUUCCAACUACGUCUCAUCCACUUACCGCCCCGCCCCCUGCCGCUCCUCUCUCUGCUCCCUCGCCUCCGCGGUUAGCUGCGGCAAAUGCUACUCCUCCCCCGGGAUUGGUUGCUAUAACAACACUUGCGGCGUCUUCCCCAACAACCCUUUCACCGGCACCUCCACCUACGGAGAGAUCGGCGUCGACACCCUCUCCCUUCCUUCCACCGACGGCCUCACUCCCUCCUCCCUUGUCUCCGACCCUUCCUUCAUCUUCUCCUGCGCCCCCUCCUUCCUCACCAGCGGCCUCGCAGCUGGCGUGGCAGGCAUCGCCGGCUUCUCCCGAACCCGCGUCGCCCUGCCAUCUCAACUCGCCACCAAAUUUGAAUUCCACAGCCGCUUCGCACUCUGCCUCCCUUCCAACCCCCGCAGUACCGGAGCCAUUUUCUUCGGCCCCGGCCCCUAUAACUUCCUCCCCGACAUCGACGCCUCUCAAUCACUCAUCUACACUCCACUCCUCACCAACCCCAUCAGCACCGCGCAAAUAUACAACGGUGGGGAACCUUCCUACGAGUAUUUUAUCGGCGUCACGGCCAUCAAAGUGGGAGGAACCGCCGUGGCACUAAACAAGACGCUUCUGACGAUCAACAAGAAGACGGGGUACGGAGGGACCAAAAUAAGCACAACAGUGGCGUACACCACACUGGAGACGAGCAUAUACAAGUCGCUCACGACGGCGUUUUCGGCGGCGCUGGCAAACGUGUCGAGGGUAGCGGCGGUGGCUCCGUUCGACCUCUGCUAUGACGGGAAGGGAUUGGGGAGCACGAGGGUGGGGCCGGGGGUGCCGGCGGGUGUGCGGGGUUGUUUUGGGUUUGUGGAUGGAGGGAGUUUACCGAGGACUUCGAUAGUGAUUGGCGGGUAUCAGCUGGAGGAUAAUUUGGUGGAGUUUGACUUGGCAAAUUCCAGGGUUGGCUUCAGCUCGACUCUGCUGUUCCGGCGGACCACUUGCUCCAAUUUCAACUUUACGUCCAGCCCUUGAUGAUUGAUGACCGUUUCGACGUUGGAUUGUUUUGAUUUUCAAUGUUUUUCUAUGAAUGAAUAGAAAUGAUAUGUGAUUGAAUUUAUG